AGUCUCCACCCCUUCUCCCUGUAUCUUUAAGAGCCCACCUCCUCACCCCAGCCCCAUCUUUCCCUCCCUCGGAGAAGAGAGAGAAGAUAAUAAGAGAGGAGUUAGCACGGCACAGCAUUAGUGAGGAGCAGGUCGAGAAGAAACAAGGUCGAGCAGAUGGCGGAGCAGCAGCAGAAGGAGCGCCAGCCGACGUCGCACGCAGUUGUGAGGGGAGCGAUGGCGGCCACCAUCGGGGGAUCGCUGCUGCUUCUCUCGGGGCUCACGCUGACUGGCACGGUGAUCGGGCUGACGGCGGUGACGCCGCUGCUGGUCAUCUUCGGCCCGGUGCUGGUGCCAGCGGCCAUCGCCGUGUUCCUGCUGGUGGCCGGCUUCGUCACCGCCGGCGGGUUGGGGGUGGCGGCGCUAUCGGUGCUCUCCUGGAUGUACAAGUACCUCACCGGCAGGCGCCCGCCGGGGUUCGAGCAGCUGGAGCAGGCACGUGCCCGGCUUGCCUCCAAGGCCCGCGACAUCAAGGAGUCCGCCCAGCACCGCAUCGAGCAGGCCCAGUCCUCCUAAAUAAAUAAACGAAUCACCCCCCCCUCCAACUUCACUUUCUCGAUCGAGUCAGAGCUUGCACGACGCCGUCAGUUUAUUGAGACGUCCUUGGCGUUAUUUUUCUUCUAUAUUCUAGUGUGUCUGUGUUUUGUCUCUCUGUGUCUUGUGGGUCAUCUUUUUAUUUGCAGCUGUUAAUUUUCACUGGUAGAGGGUAUUGUUGCAUUCUGAGGAUGAUGGUGUUUAGUGCGGUUGCUUCUUUAGUUUGGGACCUGUUAUGCUACUGCCGACAUUGUUGAAUAAAUUGUGGUUACUGCUUGUGUGUUCUAUU